GUUUCGUCUCUCUCCCUCUACAACUACUGCGUUCCGGAAGUAUUAGAACUAGUGUAAGAUGGCAGAAUCAGAGGACAUUCAGCCACUCGUCUGCGACAAUGGAACUGGAAUGGUUAAGGCUGGAUUUGCUGGAGAUGAUGCCCCACGAGCAGUGUUUCCUAGCAUCGUUGGUCGCCCCCGGCAUACUGGCGUGAUGGUGGGCAUGGGCCAGAAAGAUGCGUAUGUUGGUGAUGAAGCUCAGUCUAAGAGAGGUAUUCUGACUCUAAAGUACCCCAUUGAGCAUGGUAUCGUCAACAACUGGGACGACAUGGAGAAGAUCUGGCAUCACACGUUCUAUAACGAGCUGCGUGUUGCCCCUGAGGAGCACCCUAUUCUCCUGACUGAGGCUCCACUCAACCCCAAGGCUAACAGGGAGAAGAUGACUCAGAUCAUGUUUGAGACAUUCAACGCCCCUGCUAUGUAUGUCGCCAUUCAGGCCGUCCUGUCUCUGUAUGCCAGUGGCCGUACGACUGGUAUUGUGCUGGAUUCUGGUGAUGGUGUGAGCCACACUGUCCCCAUCUAUGAGGGGUACUCACUGCCACACGCCAUCCUUCGUAUCGACUUGGCUGGGCGCGACCUUACUGACUACCUGAUGAAGAUUCUCACUGAGCGUGGCUACUCUUUCACCACCUCAGCAGAGCGGGAAAUUGUGAGGGACAUGAAGGAGAAGCUGUCUUACAUUGCCCUUGACUACGAGCAGGAGCUCGAGACUGCAAAGACCAGCUCCUCUGUGGAGAAGAGCUACGAGUUGCCUGAUGGGCAGGUGAUCACCAUUGGCAACGAGCGUUUCAGGUGCCCUGAGGUCCUCUUCCAGCCUGCGAUGAUAGGUAUGGAAGCUGCUGGUGUCCACGAGACCACGUACAACUCCAUCAUGAAGUGCGACGUGGAUAUCAGGAAGGACUUGUAUGGCAACAUUGUGCUCAGUGGUGGCACUACCAUGUUCACUGGCAUUGCUGACAGAAUGAGCAAGGAAAUCACUGCCCUCGCUCCGAGCAGCAUGAAGAUCAAGGUCGUUGCGCCUCCUGAGAGGAAAUACAGUGUCUGGAUUGGAGGCUCCAUCUUGGCAUCCCUCAGCACUUUCCAACAGAUGUGGAUCGCGAAGGCUGAAUAUGAUGAGUCUGGCCCAUCUAUUGUGCACAGGAAGUGCUUCUAAACAUACGAUGCAAGCGGCUGGAAGUGCAGGUCGUAGCAUACUAGUUGCAGCUUUGUUAUUUCGAUAUUUGCUGAUUCUGAUAUUGAAUCGAUGAACUUGAAAGGCUAGGAUUUUGUUUCUUGAUAUGUUCUUAUUAUCCCCAAAUUUCAUUUGUUGUGAAGUUCCGGGACAUAGUUUCCUUGUGUACUUCAAUUCUUUCUUAUAUUGAAUUACAUAUUCUAAUA